CCACAACAAUUACCAGGUUGAGCUUUACCCAUUACUGGUAUCCUCGAGCCCAUCCGAAAUCCACAUUUUGAGACCGACGACUGAGCAGCACAGAGAGAAAAAAAGAAUGGCGUCAGGUUGGGGAAUCUCAAUGAACAAAGGCCGAUGCUACGAUUUCUGGAUCGACUUCAGCGAGUGCAUGUCUCGCUGCCGUGAGCCCAAGGAUUGUACUCUCCUCCGUGAAGACUAUUUCGAAUGUCUCCACCACUCCAAAGAGUUCCGAAGAAGAAAUCGGAUCUACAAGGAGGAGCAGCGUCAGCUCCGAGCAGCUUCACGAAAGGGCAAAGAUGGUGAAGAGGGUGUUGAUAAACAUCAUCAUUAGUCCAAAAUUGAUCAUCUUCUUAAUCUCGAGAAUAAAGACUGUGAGGAGAUGUUGUAUUCAUAACUUGUUUUAUGUUAUUCUGCUUUUCUUCUCCUGGAAUGUUAUGCACUUCUUUGGCAUGUGCAAUGAGACCAAGAUCAAUUUGUUUUGCUAGCUGCGUAUUGGACACUGAUUUUCUUGGUGAAUCGGGAAUAUCCUGUUAAAGGGCAGUUUGAGUAAUAAAUCCACUCACACUCACUACAAAAAAAUUGAGUAUUGCUAA